CCUCCCGCCUCCCGCCUCCCGGGCUCGCCGCUCUCCGCCCCCGCUCUCGGCUCGGCGCGCCCCGGCCGGCCGCAAAGUUUCCCGGGCGGCAGCGGCGGCUGCGCCUCGCGUCCGCGAUGGCCGCGGAGCUGAGCAUGGGGCCCGAGCUGCCCACCAGCCCGCUGGCCAUGGAGUACGUCAACGACUUCGACCUGCUCAAGUUCGACGUGAAGAAGGAGCCGCUGGGGCGCGCGGAGCGGCCGGGCCGGCCCUGCACGCGCCUGCAGCCCGCGGGCUCCGUGUCGUCCACCCCGCUCAGCACGCCCUGCAGCUCGGUGCCCUCGUCGCCCAGCUUCAGCCCCACCGAGCAGAAGACUCACCUGGAGGACCUGUACUGGAUGGCGAGCAACUACCAGCAGAUGAACCCCGAGGCGCUCAACCUGACGCCCGAGGACGCGGUGGAGGCGCUCAUCGGGUCGCACCCGGUGCCGCAGCCGCUGCAGAGCUUCGACGGCUUCCGCGGCGCGCACCACCACCACCACCACCACCACCCGCACCCGCACCCGCACCACGCCUACCCGGGCGCCGGCGUGCCCCACGACGAGCUGGGCCCGCACGCGCACCCGCACCACCACCACCACCACCAAGCGUCGCCGCCGCCGUCCAGCGCCGCCAGCCCCGCGCAGCAGCUGCCCACCAGCCACCCGGGGCCCGGGCCGCACGCGGCGGCCGCGGCGACGGCGGCCGGCGGCGGCGGCAGCGUGGAGGACCGCUUCUCCGACGACCAGCUCGUGUCCAUGUCCGUGCGCGAGCUGAACCGCCACCUGCGGGGCUUCACCAAGGACGAGGUGAUCCGCCUGAAGCAGAAGCGGCGGACCCUGAAGAACCGGGGUUACGCCCAGUCGUGCAGGUAUAAACGCGUCCAGCAGAAACACCACCUGGAGAACGAGAAGACGCAGCUCAUUCAGCAGGUGGAGCAGCUUAAGCAGGAGGUGUCCCGGCUGGCCCGCGAAAGAGACGCCUACAAGGUCAAGUGCGAGAAACUCGCCAACUCCGGCUUCAGGGAGGCGGGCUCCACCAGCGACAGCCCCUCCUCUCCCGAGUUCUUUCUGUGAGUCGUGGCGGGUCCCGGCCCCCCCCCCCGCCCUUGCCCCGGCCCGGACUCCCCGUCCCGCGGUCCCGCGUCCCCAGCCCCGGACUCCCCCGGAUCCUGUCCCCGCCUCGGCCCCGGCCUUGACCUGUUUGA